AUGAACACCCUUCCAGAGUCAAAUGAGCAGUACGGAACUAAGGACUACUGGAAUCAAAGAUACGCCCAAGAGUCAGAAAAUGGAUCAUUCGAUUGGUUCAAGUCAUACGGGGAAAUAUCAGAUAUCAUUCAGGACUUAAUUCCCGACAGAUCUUCCAAAAUUUUAAUGUUGGGAUGCGGAAACUCCAAACUGUCAGAAGAGAUGUACGAUGAUGGGUUUAGAAAUAUUGUCAACAUCGACUAUUCGGCCGUCCUCAUCGAACAGAUGCAGCAACGACACAGUCGAGAUCGACCAGACAUGCAAUGGCACGAAAUGGACGUCCGAGACGUAACAUUUGCGGACGAUACCUUCGAUGUUGUUAUUGACAAGGGAACGAUGGACGCGAUGAUGACCGUCAAAGGAGAUAUUUGGAAUCCUCCGCAGCGAGUCAUAGAUGAUUGCACUCGCGAGGUCCGAGAGGCAAUUCGGUACAUUUCUCGCUAUUGA